AUGAGCACAGCAAGAGCUACCCUGAAUUCUGAGUCCGCUCGAUUGCGCGAGCUGCCUCGGCUGCCGGUCCCGCCCUUGGAGCAAUCUGUCAAGCUUUAUCUGCGUUCCAUCGUCCCGCUUCUGCUACAAUCGGCCGGUGCCGAUUUUGAGAAAGAAUACCAACGUCGGCAAGCGUGGGCCUCCCAACUAUGCGCACCCGGCGGCCUCGGUGAACGACUGCAAAACCGUCUGAUCGACAUCGACAGGAGCUCGCCCAACAACUGGCUGGACGAUAACUACUGGAUGAAGGUGGCCUAUCAUUCCGCCAGAUCACCUCUUCCUGUCAAUUCGAAUUGGUGGAUCCUACUCAAGCAUGACCGCGAUAUCCCUGAUUCUGUGAUCGAGAGCCUCCCUGAACCCGACCGGUUCACCGACUGGCAGCUCCGUCGGGCUGCGACCUUAAUCCAUCGAUUCAUGCUUUUCAAACAAAUGCUUGAUCGUCAAGAAAUCAUUCCAGAUUCAUCCCGUUCAGCUCGUUGGCAACGUCAUUGGAUCCUCGAUAGCCUCUAUGGAGUCACUCGAAUACCCAACAAACCACACGACCAUCUCAAUAUACCCAAGCGAUCCGCUCGUCACAUCCUCAUCCUUGCUCGUGGCCACAUCUACUCUCUCGAUAUCCUUGCCCCCGAUUAUUCUUUGCUUCCGGCCCAGCAAAUCGAGGCCAGUUUAUGGUCGAUCGUCAACCAUGUCACUCUUCAUCCUGCCGCAGUUCCCAUCGGCUCAUUGACCGGAUUGGAUCGCGAUCGAUGGACCGAUGCUCGAGAACACCUCUUAAGUCUUGGCACGUCGCUGAAUAGGGACUCGCUGUCGACGAUCGAAGAUGGAUUGUUUGCCGUGUGUCUCGAUGAUCGUACCAGACCAGAAGGUUUGAAAGGGCACAUCCGGACAGCCUCGACGAACUACGACGGAUUUAAUCGUUGGUUCGAUAAAUCCUUCUCAUUCAUCGUCGAAAGCAAUUCCAGGGCCUCCGUCUCUGGUGAACAUUCUCCCAGUGAUGCCCUGAUCUCCGCUGUCAUCACCGAUUUCGUCCUAGCCGAAGGCGUCGGUCCCGGCCUCUGUGACCCCAAUGUGAAAGCUGUUAGCCACGAUUCAGAAAACCUCAGGUGGAAGAAACUCGAAUGGUCAACCGAUCAGAGGAUAUCUCAAUUCAUUCAAGAUUCCAAGUCAACGGUCGAAGCGAUCUCCAAGGACAGCGAUUGUGAAGUGCUCAUUUUCGAUCGCUACGGAGCUGAGUAUAUCAAACGCUCUGCCAGACAUUCUCCAGAUGCUUACAUUCAAAUGGCUAUUCAGUUGGCAUGGUUUCGUCAAAUGUACACGGUGGUCUCAACCUAUGAGACUGGACUCACGAGGCUGUUUAAGCACGGGCGGACGGAAACGAUCCGGACCCUCAGUAGAGAGAGUUAUGCAUGGGUAAAAGCGAUGGAUAGUGAGGAAGAUUGUCAUGUGGUUUAUAACUUGUUCGUUCAAGCCAUUUCAGCACACAACCAUUAUUCCAAGCAGGCCAGCCUUGGCCGUGGCUUUGAUCGCCACUUCUUAGGCCUUCGUCUUCAGCAUCGGCCCUCAGAAGAUGGCGACUUGCCGGAGCUAUUCACCGAUCCAGUCUUUGCCGAGAGCUCGGAAUGGCAACUGAGCACUAGUGGGAUCAGUGCCGGCGAAAGGUUUAUAGGCACCGGGUUUGGAUGCUACGGAAAGGGAUAUGGGAUCAACUACCUCGUUGCUCCAUCCAGGAUCACAUUCGGAAUCGAAACCAAACACUCGGAUCCCCGAACCUCAGCCAGUGAAUUCAAGCACCAUAUUUAUUCAGCCCUGAUUGCCAUUCGAAGUUUAUGUCAAAGGGCUACCGGUAAAAGACCGCCUGUUGAUCCUGCUGAUCAGACUCGAUCAGAAUCCAAAUUAUAG